AUGAGUGCCAGCUAUUGGUGUUCGUCGCAGAGACAGAAAUGGCAGUACACGAGAGACCAAUUGACCAGAAUAAGGGCCGAUUUGGGUGACAAUUGCAAUGUGCACAAUAGGAUCUUCUUGCAUUCUUUAAUCGUGAAACUAGGAGGAAAACUUAACCUGCGUCAAGUAAUACUGUCUACGGCAGAAGUGUUCCUGAACAGGUUUUUAACGCGCGCAACUCUAAAAGAGGUCAACGCUUAUCUUCUGGUGACCACAUGCAUAUAUCUGGGUUGUAAGAUCGAGGAGAGUCCUGUCCACAUAAGGAACAUCGUGAACGAGUCAAGAAAUGCAUGGCCAGAGUUCAUACCGUCUGACCCCACCAAGCUCGCCGAGUUCGAGUUCUACUUGAUAGAGGAGAUGGACUGCUAUAUGGUGAUACACCAUCCUUACAACUCGCUAGUACAAAUAGUCCAAGUUUUGAAGACUGGAGACUUCAAAGUGGGCAUCACCAGUGAUGAACAAAAGAUAGCCUGGUCCAUAGUCAAUGACUCCUACAUAACUGACCUGCCUUUGCUUUUUCCUCCGCAUAUCACCGCCAUUGCCGCGGUAUACAUGGCCUGCAUUCUCAUGGAUGAUAAUAUCUACAAGAACCAACGCGUUAACAGUUUCAUCAAGUUUCUGGCUGUUUCAAAUGUGGAUUUGGACGAGGUUAUUGAGGCCGUCCAGGAAAUGCUCACAUUGUAUGAGAACUGGAACGGUUAUGAUGAGAUCAGCAUACGAAACUCGCUGAACUUCCGAAUUCUGUCGCUGAAUAAUGCAUAA